GCGGCCCAGAGCAGCAUGGGAGAUGUAGUCCUCGGACCGUCUCCGCUAGCGGCUGCACAGCCCUCCCGGACCACCGCCGCCGCGCCAGCCGCCGCCCGGCCGGCGCCCUCCGGUUUCCUUCCUCCAGGGGGAAAAAUGUCCUUUGGGCCGCCUUCCAGGAAGCAGCAGGAUGUGCCGCUCCACUGUCAGUAGCAACAAGCUGCGCAAACCAUGCAGGAUGAUUUACUGAUGGACAAAAGCAAAACCCAGCCCCAGUCCCAGCAGCAGCGGCAGCAGCAGCAGCAGCAGCAGCAGCCCCAGCCCGAGCCCAGCGCAGCCGAAGUCCCGUCCACGCCCCUCUCUUCCGAGACCCCCAAGCCAGAGGACAGCAGCGCAGUGCCGGCCCUCAGCCCCGCCGCGGCCCCGCCGGCCCCCAACGGCCCCGACAAGAUGCAGAUGGAAUCGCCGCUCCUGCCGGGCUUGAGUUUCCACCAGCCCCCUCAGCAGCCGCCGCCGCCGCAGGAACCCGCGGCGCCGGGCGCGUCACUGUCGCCGUCCUUCGGCAGCACCUGGUCCACGGGCACCACGAACGCGGUGGAGGACAGCUUCUUCCAGGGGAUCACCCCAGUCAACGGGACCAUGCUCUUCCAGAACUUCCCGCACCACGUCAACCCAGUGUUUGGAGGCACCUUCUCCCCGCAGAUCGGCCUGGCGCAGACCCAGCACCACCAGCAGCCGCCGCCACCCGCGCCACAACCCGCGCAGCCCGCUCAGCCCCCGCAGGCACAGCCCCCGCAGCAGCGCCGGUCGCCCGCCAGUCCCAGCCAGGCGCCCUACGCUCAGAGGAGCGCCGCCGCGGCAUACGGCCACCAGCCCAUCAUGACCAGCAAGCCGUCCUCGUCCUCGGCUGCAGCAGCCGCCGCGGCCGCAGCCGCCGCCUCCUCCGCCUCGUCCAGCUGGAACACGCAUCAGAGUGUGAACGCCGCCUGGAGCGCGCCGUCCAACCCGUGGGGUGGCCUGCAGGCAGGUCGGGACCCUCGCCGGGCGGUCGGCGUGGGUGUGGGCGUGGGCGUCGGGGUACCUUCACCACUCAACCCCAUCUCGCCGCUCAAAAAGCCCUUCUCCAGCAAUGUGAUCGCGCCGCCCAAGUUCCCCCGCGCGGCCCCACUCACCUCCAAGUCCUGGAUGGAGGAUAACGCUUUCCGGACCGAUAAUGGUAACAAUCUGUUGCCAUUUCAGGACCGGAGUAGGCCCUAUGACACUUUUAACUUGCACUCGUUGGAGAACUCCUUAAUGGAUAUGAUAAGGACUGAUCAUGAGCCUCUGAAAGGUAAACACUACCCUCCCAGUGGCCCACCAAUGAGUUUCGCUGAUAUAAUGUGGAGGAAUCAUUUUGCAGGACGCAUGGGAAUAAAUUUCCAUCAUCCAGGAACAGAUAAUAUUAUGGCACUUAACAGUCGAUCUUCUCUCUUUCCCUUUGAAGACGCCUUCCUGGACGACAGUCAUGGCGAUCAGUCCUUGUCAUCUGGCUUAAGUUCUCCCACUCGCUGUCAAAAUGGGGAACGAGUAGAACGCUACUCUAGAAAGGUGUUUGUUGGAGGCCUUCCUCCUGAUAUUGAUGAAGAUGAGAUCACUGCCAGCUUUCGCAGGUUUGGACCUCUCGUCGUAGACUGGCCCCACAAAGCUGAAAGCAAGUCAUAUUUUCCUCCUAAAGGUUAUGCCUUUCUGCUGUUCCAGGAAGAGAGCUCAGUACAAGCUUUGAUAGAUGCCUGCCUAGAAGAAGAUGGGAAACUGUACCUGUGUGUGUCAAGCCCCACCAUCAAGGAUAAACCAGUGCAAAUUCGACCAUGGAACCUAAGUGACAGUGACUUUGUAAUGGAUGGUUCUCAGCCUUUGGACCCCAGAAAAACUAUCUUUGUUGGGGGAGUUCCACGACCCCUUCGAGCUGUUGAACUGGCAAUGAUCAUGGACCGUUUGUAUGGUGGUGUCUGCUAUGCUGGCAUUGAUACGGACCCAGAGCUGAAGUACCCCAAAGGUGCUGGCCGCGUGGCGUUCUCCAAUCAGCAGAGUUACAUUGCAGCUAUCAGUGCUCGCUUUGUGCAGCUCCAACACAAUGACAUUGACAAACGGGUGGAAGUGAAGCCAUACGUGCUGGAUGAUCAGAUGUGCGAUGAGUGCCAGGGCACGCGCUGCGGUGGAAAGUUUGCCCCGUUCUUCUGUGCCAACGUCACCUGUCUGCAGUAUUACUGCGAGUACUGCUGGGCAAGCAUCCACUCCCGCGCCGGGCGAGAGUUCCACAAACCGCUGGUGAAGGAGGGAGGUGACCGCCCUCGCCAUGUCCCGUUCCGCUGGAGCUGAGCCCAGGACAGACCCAGCCACAAGUACUGGAGUAGAUAACAAGGAGGGAAAAGAGAGGGCACUGCCUCAGGGCUUACAGUGUUCUGGAAAUCUGUGCAUUCGUUCUCGAUUUUUAAAGAAGAAAUGGGUCUUUUUAUUAUUAUUAUUUACAGUCAUAUUACUGAACUCAGUGUCCAGUAUAAUGCAGAAUUGCAGAGUGUAUAACGGUACUGAUUUGCACUUUGAUUCACACCUUUGUCUGCUUGGUACCUUCAUUUCUUACACCUGAUUUGUCACUCGUGACAGUACGUAGACUGCCAUUCUCAUCUGCGGCCACCAGGUUGACGUCUGUGAUUUUUUGUUGUUGUGUUGUUGUUCUGAUUGUUUUUGAACUGGAGCAUGCACUUAUUUUCAGAAACUUAGAGAGUUGCCCCUAGGAGAAGACUUACCAAAGGUAAUGCUCGGGAGUAGGUGGCAGAUGUAGCAAAAACUUCACAACAAUUCAGCAGUCAUUAGUUGGGGUCAUUUAGAGUAAGGAUAACCCUUAAUGAAAAUAAGCCUUUAGUUGCUCUCUAUUUUGACAUGUAAGGAUACCUCAUAAGCUGAAUCUUUAUUUUUCCUUCAUGUUUGAUUUUUGUUUUGCUAAGGAUUUUAGUUAGAUCUUUUAGUGUUAUGUAAAUUUAUGCUGCAAUAGCUUUUGCUGCUAUUAAAGUGGUAUUAUUAAUACCAUAAUACUCUAUUCAGGCUAAAGUAUCAAUUUAAAAAAAAACCCAACAACACACUUUUGUGAUUUAGGGAUAGAAUCAGCUGCCGGAAGGAGAUCAGAAGAGACUUGAGAAAGCUUCAACGGAAGGUCACUAUUUCUGACUGCAUGUUUACUUAAUCAGGUUGCUGCAUGCAAUAAAUUUUAUAUCCAAUGUCUAGUAUAAAACCUUCCCACAAUGCACAAAUUAAGAAUCUAUAUAAGCUAUAAAAUACUGAUUUUUUUUAAAAGAUUUUUCAUUCAAAGAAUUGGUAAUUGACUGGAGGAAGGCAUGCCUCAAUAAAUGGAAUGCUUCUGAAAUUAGGAAGAGCCCAUACAGAAUGGCCUAUAUUACAACCAAUAUAAAAGCUAGGUGUAGGAUAUUCUUAAAGCAAAUUCGUGGAUGGUAGAUGAAGUACUUUGCGGUGCUCUGUUAUAUAUUGUGCAAUUUAUUUUAUAUAGUAAAGUGAUUAUGUCUAACUGUGAUCAAACUUAACUGUUUAAAGCCUCUGUGUCAGACAUUAACGAACUUGACAGUUCCUAACUGGUAUAUUAUUAACUAACACAUGAGCUCUUAGUUACAAUCUCCUAGUGCUUGCACCAUUUUACAUAGCUUCAGACCUUGUCCAGAAAACCAAAGAGCUCAUCUUAGCUUACAAACACUAGGAAUAUAUACAGUAUAUAGAGAUAAGUUGUCAGAUUGACAAACUAGGCACAUUUUAAGAAAGUUGCGAGAUGGUGAUGCUAAAGAAAUGUCUGUGCAAACUAAGAUGGCCUGGGCAGGGUUGGUUGUCUGGGUGAGAAAUUAACUACUUAAUUCCCUGGGUUUAUCCUGUAAAGCUUGAAUAGAAUGAAGACCUGCUGGGACUGCCAUGGACAUUUUUAGCAUUCACUCUUGGGCUGCAGAUAGUAAUAUAUAAACACACACAAUGAUUGUGAGACUAUGUAGAUCUUUUUUUUAAUCUUCUUCCUAUGUUUUGGAAUUCUGGGGACAAUCUGACUGGAUAUGACACUGCAGAAUAGAUUCAAGUCGCUGUUUUAUGUGCUGUGAUGUCCGUGUACUGUCUUAAGUUAAUAUUGCUUGUUUUUGUUUUGUUCUGUUUCUCCAGUGUUUAGUUGCAAUUACCAGCUCUCAAACUAUAGUUUGUUUUCAAAAAGGAAAAACAAAAUAGUUUUUUACUGGAUUAAAAAUGCUUAUUAGAAUUCUCCCCUUUUGAGGUUACCUCUGGGCUUUUUGGUAAUAAUUGCUUUUUUCCAGCCCAGCUGUGGUUUUCUGUUUGUUUUUUUUCUAUGUUUGUGGUUUUUUUCAUCUGUACAAGAAAUUUUGUUAUGCACUACUACUUUUUGUAUUCUAGACAGUUUUCAAAAGUUGGCUGAAGAUUUUUUUGUUUGUUUGUUUUUAAGGAAAAAGGCAUGCUUUCUGACUGACAUGAUCUUUUGCAAUACCUCAAUUUUGAAAUAUAGGAAAGAAAAUGAUAUUUUCUAAGUAAGUUUAUUCAGAAAAAUAUAUAUUAAUUUAAUUCUGCAAGAAAAAUGAUUUAACAGAUGGGUAACUUUAUUUUUUUCAUGCUUAUUUGUGUUUUUUGAAAAUGAAGAAGUUAGAGCUUUAUAACUAUAAUAUUAAAGAUCAUAUCUAACCUACAGAAAUCUACCUAAUUAUGUGAAAGAAGCAAAAUGUUUUGAAGAAGCACCCCUCUUUCAUGUACUAAAAUAACACUGAGAUAAAAAAAAAAAAACCAAGCUGGGAGAUUGUACAGCAUAAAGCUAACGUGAAGGCAAAAAACCAUUGUUGUGAAGAACAGGUUCCAAAAGCGAAACUCCAUUUGGUGCUGAAAGUUGUGAAUAGAUGGUGGAAACGACUUUCCCUUAAUUUGUAUAUUUAUAAUCAAGCGUUGAUUGUGCACGACUGACCAGGAUUGUGAAAGAGUUCUUCUGUUUGUAUUUUUUUAAAGAGAACUUUUUUAGUUUAUUAAAUUAUAACAUGUUCCCUUUUGUUUUGUAAAUAAAUGUGCCCCCAAGUUGUUAAUGUUAUAUUAAAAGAGAGGGUCCUUCAAAAAAGAAUUAUUUUUUAACACACAGAGGUGUUCUGACCUGCAGCUUGACUGGGGAGCCCCUGAGUAUCACAGGGCCUGCUGUGGCCUUUCCUUGAUGUGACACUUGAACUAGUCGAUUUUUUGAAGGCUAUAACCUAACCUCGACUAUUUGUUGUUAUGUGCAAUACUGUUUGUACUGUUUGUAUAAAAAAUAGAAAAAAAAAGAAAAGAAAAAAGGCAUAAAUCUUUAUUGCAGAUUUAUUUUCAUUGCAAACUUUAGACAUUGUGAUUCACUGAAAUCAUUUUUCUACUGUCAAAUAUGUACCUUUUCUUCAUGCUGGUAUUUUUUCAAUAGUAAUGUAGCCUUUGUACUGAGACAAAUUUUCAUUGUUAUUUUUAGAAAGAUUUUUUGCUAAGAAAAAAAUUAAACAUAUUUACAUAUUUUUCAUUUUAUUUCGUAUUUUCUUUAAGGAGUGCUUUCUCAAUCAUUAAUAGAGUUGUUUCUGGGAGGGACUUUCAUAUCUGGUCAAUGUCAUAAUAUUAUUUUGUAUUUUUACUUGGAAUAAAUUAAUUUUAUGAUGCUAAUUCUUUAAAAGUUUAUUUUUUUCAUUUUCAGUUAUUUUUGAAGCUAAAACCUUUGUAAUAUUGUUACUAAAGUGUCUAGUUUUUUGAAAUGCAAAGCUUUAUGUAUUAACUUGCUGAUGUGGUUUACAAUAGUGUGACAACGAUGAAAAUGGUUGGUUAUGUAAAGUGAUUGGAAAAUGUAAUGGAUAAUUGGGUAAUAAAAUGACAGAAUGAGCAGAACA